CUAUAUACAAAUCAACAAACCAAAGUCUGUCAACUCAAAAGUCUCCUCCGUCUCGUCCCUUCCUAUACGGAGUGAGGACGCUUUUUUCUCGAACGCCAUAGCCAAAAAGGCUCACCGAGAGAGGUCCAACAGAGUGAGAACGGUACGUACUGUACAUCUUUGUAGUUAUACACUGGUCGGAUAGGAAUUCGUGAUGUCAAUCCGAAUCCCCUCGGCUUCUCAGGGUUCUAGAGGUAUCAUAUUAUGUCUCAUCUUCCUCGGGUCGUUACCAGGGACAAUACUUACACAACAAGUUACACUAGAUUCGAUUCUGAUUUUCAAGACGCACGAGUGGUUCUCCACUAAACCUAUAGUUUAUUUCCAAUGCAAAGGAGAGAACAAGACUGUCUUUCGCGACGUGAAGACAACAAACGUGUCUUAUUCUUUCAAUGGCCAAGAAUCUUGGCAGCCACUAACAGAACUUAAGGGAACACAAUGCAAGAGAUGUGGAAUCUAUGAGGAAGAUACCUUUAGAUAUGAUGCAUUUAACGAAUGGGAGCUUUGUCCUUCUGAUUUUACAUCUGAGGGUAUAUACACACACGCCAAGGCUAAAGAUUUCAAUGCUACUUUUCUCUGCCAUGGUUGCUCACAAGUACUAGGUGCUGGUUUGAAUAAAGAUUCUGGCACUGACAAGGAAGAAGAAACGCCCAGAAAGGGUCCUGCAAUCAUUGUAGUACUUGUGCUAGGUGGAGUUGCGGUGGGUUUUGUGGUAGGUUGUAAGAAUUGGCGAAAGAAGAAGCAGCAACAAGAACAGGCCUGGUUUCUCAAGCUGUUUGAAGAUGGUGACGAAAUGGAGGUCGAAAUUUGCCUUGAAGAUACCCUAUGAAGUCUUAGACACUGAACUCAAUGUCACCUGUUACGUUAUAUAUAUACACAGCUUCUUGAUCUCACAAACAUUUUGUUUUAAUCUGAAAUAGAGAGUUUGAAAGAUAAUACAA